GCGAAAACAAAUUCUGGGCUGCGAGGGUGCUGCCCUCAGCCGGACUCCCCACCCGCUCCCCGCCCCUCCGGCGCCCUCCUGCGAGGUGGGGAGACGAAAGGCCGCGUCUUUUUCUUUCGGCUUCCUCGGCUCCUCGGUGUGGGGAGUGCGGGACUCGCAGGCCUCGCUUCACCUGAGCCGGCCUCGCGCUCAGGGGGCGGGGUUUCCUCGCUUCACUGCAGUCGGGACGAGGAAACUUGUGGGGAAGGCGACCCCCGGCCCGGGUCUUGAGCCGGGCUACGAGGUCGCCGGGAAGUGACUUCUCACUCCCGGGUUUUUAUCCCCCCCGCCCCCAGGUUCUCUUGGGCGCGCGGUCCCUCGGAAGGCGGCCGCGUGCGCACCGCCAUGCAUUAGGCAGGGCUCCCCUAUGCGCGCGGAGAGCGCGGACCGCUGCCUCGGGCCGCCGUCGCCUCCUCCUGCCCGCGGAGCCCGAGUCAGAACCGCCGCCCGCCCUAGGCCAGGGCGUAGAGUAGCCGGCGGCGCGGCCAUGUGGGGCUAGCCCGCGCCGCGCCUGGCCUGCAGCGGGACCGGCAACAUGGAGGCGGCCGUCGGCGUCCCCGACGGCGGGGACCAGGGCCGCGCAGGGCCCCGCGAGGACGCAACUCCCAUGGACGCUUAUCUGCGGAAACUGGGGUUGUAUCGGAAACUGGUCGCCAAGGACGGGUCGUGCCUGUUCCGGGCGGUGGCAGAGCAGGUUUUACACUCUCAGUCUCGCCAUGUUGAAGUCAGAAAGGCCUGUAUUCACUAUCUUCGAGAGAACAGAGAGAAAUUUGAAGCGUUUAUAGAAGGGUCAUUUGAAGAGUAUUUAAAACGUUUGGAAAAUCCACAGGAAUGGGUUGGGCAGGUGGAAAUAAGUGCCCUUUCUCUUAUGUACAGGAAAGAUUUUGUAAUUUAUCGGGAACCAAAUGUUUCUCCUUCACAAGUAACUGAAAAUAAUUUUCCUGAAAAGGUAUUACUGUGUUUUUCAAAUGGAAAUCAUUACGAUAUUGUCUAUCCCAUAAAUUAUAAAGAGAGCUCUGCUAUGUGUCAGUCUCUUCUUUAUGAAUUGCUGUAUGAGAAGGUAUUUAAAACUGACGUUAGUAAAAUCUUGAUGGGACUUGAUACUGCUGAAGUAGCUGGUGAAAACAGUGAAAUAUCAGAUUCAGAGGAUGACAGUUCCAAGAGUAAAAUAACUGCUACUAAUGAUGUGAAUGGAUUUAAAGUUUUGUCAAGUGAUCAGCACCAGAAAAACAGUGGGAACUCUCCAAGCCUUCCUUUGUCUAGAAAGGUUCUUAAGUCACUCAAUCCAGCAGUUUAUAGAAAUGUGGAAUAUGAAAUUUGGCUGAAGUCUAAACAAGCUCAACAGAAACGUGACUAUUCCAUUGCUGCUGGCUUACAGUAUGAAGUGGGGGAUAAAUGCCAAGUUAGGUUGGAUCACAAUGGGAAGUUUUCUAAUGCCGACCUUCAAGGUGUUCACUCCGAGAACGGACCACUUUCGGUUGAAGAAGUUGGAAAGAAACACUCGCCGAAGAACCUCAAGCCACCUCCUUCAGAAAGCUGGAACACAGUGUCAGGGAAAAAGAUGAAAAAACCUUCCCCUUCUGGACAAAAUUUCCAUUCUGAUACAGAUUACAGAGGGCCAAAGAAUUCAAGCAAGCCAGUAAAAGCCCCAUCAGCACUACCUCCUCGACUCCAGCACCCUUCGGGACUAAGACAGCAUGCGUUUUCUGGUCACUCUGCAGGGUCCCAGUCCCAGAAACCCUCCAGUGAGCACAAAAAUCUUAGCAGGACACCCUUGCAGAUCAUAAGAAAAUCUGAUCGUGAGAGAGCUGAGGACUUUGAUCAUGCCAGUCGAGAAUCUAACUAUUUUGGCCUCUCCCCAGAAGAGCGCAGAGAGAAACAAGCUAUAGAAGAGUCUCGGUUACUUUAUGAGAUUCAAAACCGAGACGAACACGCUUUCCCAGCCCUUUCCAGCUCAUCAGUCAGUCAGUCAUCUUCUCAGAGUAGCAACCCAUGUGUCCCGAGGAAGUCAUCACACGCGAGUGAUAGAAAAGGAAGCCGGCGGAGAAUGGAUACUGAAGAACGAAAAGAUAAAGACUUGAGCCAUGGACAUACUCACCUGGAUAAGAAGCCUGGGCCAAGCACAUUGGAGAAUGUUAGUGAUGAUAAAUGUACAAGAAUUUCAUCACCAUCAAAGUCAAAGAAAUUAGAGUGCCCACCUCCUGCAGAACAAAAGCCAGCAGAACAUGUGUCUUUGUCAAGUCCAGCUCCCCUUCUGGUUUCUCCAGAGGUACAUCUAACUCCUGCGGUGCCUUCUUUACCAGCCACUGUGCCAGCCUGGCCAAGUGAACCUACAUCUUUUGGACCAACAGGUGUCCCUGCUCAAAUCCCUGUUUUAUCAGUGACACAGACUCUCACCACUGGACCUGAUUCUGCUGUGUCCCAAGCUCAUUUAACACCCUCUCCAGUUCCUGUGUCAAUACAGGCAGUUAACCAGCCCUUGAUGCCUUUGCCUCAGACACUGAGCCUUUACCAGGACCCACUCUAUCCUGGGUUUCCUUGUAAUGAAAAGGGAGAUCGAGCCAUUGCACCACCUUAUUCACUGUGUCACACUGGGGAGGACCUGCCUAAAGAUAAGAACAUUCUUCGAUUCUUCUUUAAUCUUGGUGUAAAGGCAUAUAGUUGUCCUAUGUGGGCCCCACAUUCUUACCUGUAUCCUCUGCACCAGGCAUACCUGGCAGCCUGCAGGAUGUACCCAAAGGUCCCUGUCCCUGUGUAUCCUCAAAAUCCUUGGUUCCAAGAAGCUCCUUCUGCUCAGAAUGAAAGUGAUUGUACCUGUACCGAUGCACACUUUCCUAUGCAGACUGAGGCCAAUGUUAAUGGUCAGAUGCCACAGGCAGAGAUUGGACCGCCGACAUUUUCUUCACCUCUGGUUAUCCCUCCAUCUCAGGUGUCUGAAGGUCAUGGACAGUUGUCUUACCAGGCUGAUCUUGAAUCUGAAAACUCCGGGCAGCUUCUUCAUGCGGAAUAUGAAGAGUCACUAAGUGGCAAGAAUAUGUUUCCACAACCGUCCUUUGGACCUAAUCCAUUCUUAGGCCCAGUUCCCAUUGCACCUCCUUUCUUUCCUCAUGUGUGGUAUGGGUACCCUUUUCAAGGAUUCAUAGAAAAUCCAGUGAUGAGGCAGAAUAUUGUUCUGCCUUCUGAUGAGAAAGGAGAAUUGGAUCUACCCCUGGAGAAUCUGGAUCUGUCUAAACAGUGUGGUUCAGUCCCAACAGUAGAUGAGUUUCAGGAGAAUAGGUGUGAAGACACACAGCACCCUCUCCCUGAAGCAGGUGUGAGUGAGCAUGAAGGCCGGGCAGAGCAGUCGUCCCAGACACCUAAGGCAGAGCCGGCUUUGGCUGCCCUCCCUGCUGUCGCAGAAGGAAAGGCUCAUCCCCCCACUCAGAAUCUAAACAGAGAGAGAGAAGCUGUGCCUGUUGAACCUGAUGAGCCUAAAAGGACCAUUCCAAGUCUGAAAGAAAAACCAGAAAAAGUGAAAGAUCCUAAGACUGCUGCUGAUGUGGUCAGUGGGGCCAACUCUGUGGAUGGCAGACUGCAGAGACCAAAAGAAGAGAGUUCAGAAGAUGAGAAUGAGGUUUCUAAUAUUUUGAGAAGUGGUAGAUCCAAGCAGUUCUAUAAUCAGACGUAUGGAGGCAGGAAGUUCAAAAGCGAUUGGGGCUAUUCUGGUAGGGGAGGGUAUCAGCACGCACGAGGCGAGGAGUCCUGGAAAGGGCAGCCCAGCAGAAGCCGAGAUGAAGGCUAUCAGUACCAUCGAAACGGCAGAGGACGGCCCUACAGGGGGGAUAGGAGGCGGUCAGGGAUGGGAGAUGGCCAUCGGGGACAACACUCCUGAUAUCUGUCUCUGCAGGAUGUUAGAGCAGACACCUUUUCUUGGGUGAAAUGUUUCUAAAGGCUUUAAAAAAAUACAUUAAAAUAAAAACCCAAAUCGGAACCAUCUCCUCCCCUCCCCCUUCACCCUCGACUCCUAUUCUGGACAAGAGAUUUUGGCUGGCUGUUUAAAGGGGCAGGUGAAUUCCUGGCAUUGCCAUUUUUCUUCGUUCAAAAUCUGUUUAUUUAUCUGGCGACUGUCCCCAUAAAAAGAAAAUAAGUUUGUUAAAGUAUUUUUUAUAAACAGCUUAAUAUAAAUAUAGAUUUAGUGUUUGGUUUUUUCCUUAUAAGCUUAAUUUCAAAUGUUAGAAAUGUGUGUUUAUAGUGUUUACUAAAGUGACAAGAAAAUAUACCAUUUGACACAUGAUAGAUUCCAAAACAUAACAUUGCACCAAAUAGAAAUGUAUAUUUUAUUAUGCAAUGCCUUAGUCAUAAACUGGGCUCAAACAAUUCUUAGGCUAAAACACUGUUGUCUUUUGAAAUGCUUCCAACCCAAAGGCCUUUCAUCUCAAUAUCUGUCAAACUUGAAUAAUGUCUUCUCUUUACUAUUACAUAUAAGGCAGACUAUUAACCUGUGUCUUAGAAAUGUUGUAUAUAGUUCUUUUAAUAUUAAUAGGGUAUAUUUUUGAAUUUGGGUAUUUGUUGAACUUGAGAUCGCAUACAAGAACAGAUCAAUUUAAGAAGUAAUAGGAAAUGUAAUGAAAUGGCUGUUUCCACCAAGAAUUCUUAGCACUGGUGUAUAUAUGGUGCCUACUCGAAAGAAAUGUAGAUGCUAUGCAUUUUGAAAAUAAUCUGCAUCUGUUAAAACUGCAGAAGUUUUUUAAUGCCACUUUAACACUAAUGCACUGACAGAUUUAAAUAUUUUGUGAAAGAAAUGUUAAAAAUUUUUAGCUGACAGGUUUCUAUAGAGUUACUGUGUUUCGUUUUCUCUUUGCACCAUUGGUUAUGGGUAUCACUUUACAUUUGCAUGUUCAAUUUGUCACAGCUGGAACAAACUAUUGUACAAAAAAAGGACGAUUGUGACUUCUAGUUCUUUUCUAGAGGAUGCUGCUAGAAAGCGGUUUUGCUUUGCAUUUCAUAGCUUGUUACCCUUCGGGCAACGUGUCUGAUCCUGCUUCCUUCAGUCUUCACAGUAUUUCACUAGAAGUUCCCUUUGCAUGUUGCACUCUGUUCUCAGUUGGAGAUGUGACUCUGAAUGAACACAGUAUUCACUCAUCUGUGUUACACUGUACAAAUAACUGUAGCUUGUAUUUCUCAUGUGUACAUACUAAUGUGAAAACCUGCCCUUUUUUAUGUUAUCUUUUGAUCAGGAAGUUUGAGUGCUAUGCAAAUAAGUAGUAAUUUCUCUUUGCAUGCCAUGUAUUAUAUACUAAGCAAAAUAGAUUUUUUUAAAACAAAUUACUUUAAAAAGCAAAUACAAUUCACUUGAAUUUGACAAACUGAAACAGAUAAGUUUUCUGGGUUCUCUGAUAACUCAUAGGAAUGUUUGGGAUGCCAUCUAGGCUCAGUGAAUCUCCUCUGUACUGUAAUAAUGGUUAUUUUACCUCUGUUGUUUUAAUUACCUAAUGUCUGUGUAACUGCUGAUUUGAGUAGUGAUUAGUGUUUAGAUGUUUUGUAACAUAGGAUUUUAGAGAGCACUUUGAGAGAUAAUAUUUUAUGAUGGUGCUAGGUAAAAACUUUAAAGACUGAGAUGGUUGUGUGGAAAAGAAAUGCUUGAGAAAGAACCCGUGGAAAGGAAUUUGCUGUCACCUUCUGAGCUCGAACAUUUGGGGAAGGUGCCAUUUUUGUCUUAGUUAACAUCAGUAGUUAUGGAAUGAGAUUAGUAGGUCCUUCACUUUCAGCUCAUGCUUUUUUAAUGUAAGAUUAGCUUAUAAUUUUUUAUGAAAAUCAUCUUUAGAUAUUAUGACCAGAUUUAAAAGUUUAAUGUAAGUUUAAACUCAGGAGUCCAAAAGAAAUAGCUAUUUCCAGUGUAUUUUGUUUUAUUGACUGGGAUUUAAUCUUCUCAGUUUCUUCUGGAAAUGUUGAAAAAUUGGAUAGGAAAGAAUACUAUUCAUUUCUUCACUGUCACUGUCUUACCUCAGCUGAGAAACAGAAUCCUCUGGUUCCUGAAGGACAUGCUGAUUUGCUUCCUGUUUCCCAUGGUUUACCUCCAGGACAUGGUGGGAACAGUGCUGAAAGAGAACUUUACAGAAGGUACUUCACUCAGUGACCUCUGGGAUAAAAGGAGUCUGACUUUGGAUAAUUAGUUUAAAAAUUAGGAGUCUUUGCAUGAAGGUCAGUUCUGUUUUUUGCUUUAGGUCUGUUUUAAAUGUACUAGUUUAGGAGAUUUUGCCUUAUGCUAAGGUCAAACUAGGGCCAAGCAAGCUUUUGUCCUUCAUUUUAACUAAGUCAUAUGGUAUGUUGACAUGAGAUAUAAUGUUUCUAUAUAAGAGAAAAAUAAACGCUUAGAAGUGAGAAUCAUUUGUAUUUUGAGUUGGAAAUUAUGGAACUUCACCGUUUUAGGAUCAUAUACAUUUUAAAGAACAAAUGUUUAGAAUGACCAAAGCCCACUACUUUUGGCUAUUGCUAAACUUGAUUUUUGUCCCUUUUAGUAUUGUACAUAUUUCUCUUCCUCAAGUUCAUUUCCCCUCAGAUAAAUUUUCACGCCUUGCUCCAUGUACUCACUGGCAGCAGGAUGUUAGCAUGUGUGUAAUCCUCGUCCUCUUUCCUGGGAAGUGCUGUCUUCACUUUCAUGCUGACCUGAGCUCAGACCCUGCCUUGAUCUGGCAGGGGUAGGCUUUCCCUAACCACAGUGCGGAGACAGCUUAGUGGAUGCAGACUCUGUAUAUUCUUGCAUUGUGUUUCCUUUGUGACUCAAGGUUGAACUAAAAUGCCUGUGAACUGCAAACUUGCUUACGAUUGACUUGGUGCAAUAAAGUUCCUUCUAACCACUUCUGGUUUAGAAAACAUUCAGCCAUCCUAGAAACUAGCAAUAUUUAUUUAUGUCUCAUUUAUUUUACCUUUAGUUUUAGAUGAGGGAACCAUAGUCUUUCACUUGUGGGUACUAAGCAAGGUCCAUUUUAGUGUAGCUGAAGAGAAUGCAUAUUUGGCUACACUAUUUCUGUUUACUAUAUUUUGCUUCUUAUUUAAUGUCUAAAUGCUAUUGUUUAAUAAUAAUGGCUUAGUUCCAGCAUGUCAGUUUCAAAGAACUAAGGUUUUGCUACUUGUGUCAGCCUUUUACUCUCCCACUAAUUGGGAUUUUUUUUUCCCCCUGAAAUAAAAUUUUAGAAAAUCUAGAUGAGGGGUGGGUGCAUGACUUAAUGCUGGGAAACAGCAACUUUGGGGUUGAAUUUACUUGAAUGGAUUAAAAUUGCAUUGUUACAGAGCUAGGAAAAAAUAUAAGUAUGAAAAAUGAUAAUAGCCUUACACUGAGUACAAAUAAUACUUAAAAGCAUGUGAAGAUGUGAUCAUUCGUGAUGUUACUUGUAAAAAAAAAGUAUAUAUAUCUUUUGAAGUGUUGAAAGGAAAUAGUACUUUAUAUCUUUAUCAUAUCACUUUUUGUAAGUGUUGAAUAUAUUCCUGUUUAUUUUUCUAUGUUCUGUUUUGUAGCCUUAACAAGUGUUUCAAACAUAUCUGAAUGUAUAAGAGUAAAUGCCCUACAUGGUGUGAUGCUGCAUUAUAUAUAAAACUGUGUGCAUAUAUUAAAUUUUGUCUGUUGA